AUGGGCAAAAUGUUUUCGACUGAACUGAACUGGUCGACCAGUGGAGAUAAAGACCAACUUAUCCAGAUAAACCCAAAUGGAUCUCAAGAGGCGCCCGCGAGUGCGCCGCGACGCCCUCAUUCGUUCGCCGCCAUGUAUUUGGGUUUGUUCGUUUUUCUCGCCGCUUUGAUGUUCGCGUCAAUUUAUCUAGUCGUCUUGCUGACCAACGACCGCCGGUGCAGCACCUCCGUUAAGGUAAACAUCGUCAACGACGAGAAGAUUCUUGUCCAGGCGACGCCCAGCGUCGGCGACAAAGUCAAGGGUAGGGGAAGGAUUAAGUACCACGUACCCAAGUUUAUGCUGGAACUUUACGAGAGGAACAAAAUGAUGAGGAGCGACGAAGAAGUGGACAUAGUACGGAGCUUGGUACCUUCGCAGGCGGAACACCUUGAAGACAACGUAAUCCUCGACAGCCACCUGCUGGUGUUCGACCUACCAGCGUCGGAUAGAGACGAGCGUUUCGUGGGGGCGGAGCUCAAGAUCCUCACUCAGGUCGAGAUCAAUACUGAUUACGAACCAGGGGCGAAAAAGAUUCUGACGACGGCCAUUUUCGACGAGACCUCGGGGAAAUAUCGCGCGCUCCGUGAACUCCACGUGCACCAUUUCAACGACACGUGGGUGAGCUUCGACCUCACCGACCACGUGCACCGAGCUCUGAGUCGCAACGCGACCUCAUCGAAAUUCCUCAAAAUCACCGUCACCGAAACCUCAGUUUUACGUCACUCGAAUAACAACCUGAAAUUGUCGCUCUUGCCUCCUUUAGAGGAUACCAGGCACGACUAUCCCGUAUUGUUGCUAUCGUACACCUUGGAGGACAAAACAAGACAAGUUACCCCACGAAACCGCGCCAAGAGGAGCUUGGAGGACGACUACGAAGAGGAAACCAACCGCGUAUGGACCGACAACGCGGUCGGCUUGCGGAAAUACAAGAGGCAGAGAGCGAACAGCUGCAGGAGGAGGCCACUAUUCGUAAACUUCUCUGAAAUCGAGUACGAUUUGUGGAUAGUGCAGCCACCCGGAUACGAGGCUUAUCAGUGCCAAGGGAGGUGUUUUUAUCCGGUGGCUCAGCAUCUGAGCCCAACCAAACACGCCAUCAUGCAAGCGCUGAUUCACAGCGUGUCUCCUUCGAAGGCCUCUAGGUCUUGCUGCGUGCCAACCACGUUGGACCCGAUCUCCAUCCUCUACGUGGACGAUAACGGGGUGUUGACGUACCGAUACGCGUAUAAAGACAUGGUCGUAGUGGAAUGCGGAUGCAGAUAG